AUGGUAUCCUCACUACUAUUUCCAGUCUGUGCUCAAAUUUUAUUAGAUCAAAAUAAUAUACAAUCUAAAUAUAUAUCUUUGCAAGGUUUAUCUGGGCGUGUUAUACCAGCUGGAAUAUUUUCAACCAAAGUUUUAGCUCUAGAAUAUUUAUAUGAACUUCUUUGUCCAAUACCAAAUUUACCACCACGACUAUCUACUAUUCAGGCAAUUGAUGUAGUACGUAUCACUUAUGAUAAAAAAUAUUUGAUCACUCAAACUGAAUUAGUAUUUCAUAUAUCUGGUAAUAAACGAUUAACUUUACUUGCAAGUAUGGCUUUGAUAAAAAUUAUAAACUAUGUGGUCAUAUGUAAUGUUACACAAACAUUCUGUAGUGGAACAUUACAACAAUAUUCAAGUGUCGAUGAUUGUAAACAAUAUGUAAUGACACAGAUACCUUUUGGUUCACUUGAUAGAGGAGACCAGGGAAAUGUUGCUUGCCGCACUAUACAUGCAAUUUUUGUUCCUCUAUUACCAUCUGUACAUUGUCCACAUGUUGGUCCAACUGGAGGAGGAGCAUGUGCCAAUAAAACGAUUGAUUUUUAUUAUAAUCAACCAAAUUUUCUUGGGUUGUGCUUGUAAACAAAAACAUGAAAAAAAAACAUUUUCUUUUCUUAACUUAAUAUUUAAAUAAUAAAUUGAUAUAAUUUAUAAAUAAUUGCGCGAAAACAGAGACAAGGAGCCAUGAGAAAGAUCUACGCCUCCAAAUCGAUAUUAAUUCUCUGCUAUGAUAAAAAGAAUGAACUAAAAGUUUCAUUAUCUUCCUACAAUAUAGCACCAACUGUACUACCAAACUAUAUGAUUGAAUUUCUACCUUGUUUUAGUAUAUUUUUGUAAGACAAUAGUUUUCUACUGAUGGUCCGUUCAUAUGACUUAACAUCUGAGCUCCAGUGGAUGCGAUUUACAUUUUUAGUCUCGAAAAAUAAAAUUUAGCCAAGGUAUAAUUCAGUGCCUGUUCUGGCAUAACAAACAAGACAAGUGAUUAGAUUCAUGCUGAAGAUUUCAAGUGAAUGCAUGAAAAAUCAUUGCACAAUCAAAGGAGACUAAUUUGAUCCGUGUCUCAUAGUUCAACUUAAUAAUUAUUGUUUCGUGUUUCUUUAUUAAUUUAGUACUCAAAGAUUUGUUAACAUAUCUCUUGAAAACUUGUAGGAACAACAGAAUCUUGAGGUGAGAAGGUGAAGAUAAUAUUCAUAUCAAUAUUUAAUAUAUUUAUUUUUCAAUUAAUUAGGAUUGUGACAAAAUGCGUGUGGAGAAACAAUUAUGUAAAAAGCAAAUGUUCACAGAAACAAAUAUCAUACAUUAAUUUCAAAGAGACUGAUAAUAAAAUGCCAUUAUUCAAGUUUCAAUACGACUUAUUUUUCAUCAUAAUAUAAUCAAUGGCGAUAUCAUGAUACAAACAAUUGGAAUUUUCAGUCGACUUGGAAAAAGACAAAUAAAAAAAAAAGCUUGCAGUGAUGUCUGAUUAUUUGUUUAAAAUUUUUCUUUUCCAUUAUUCUAUUACAUUGUAUUUAUGUAAAUUAAGAAGAUUCAGAAUGAGAAUGCAAUUACGAAAUAAACCAAGUAACAAUGUGCAAAUAAUGAAGAACGAAAAUAACUAUACGAUUAAUAUGAAAAAAGAUUUUAAUUCGAUUAAUGUUUGUUUUGUUUGAUACUUUUUUUAAUGAUUCAUCUUUUUCGUGAGAGUUUAGGAGAACUUGUUGAGAUAAAAUAGUUUCUAAAAAUGAACGUAAAAGCUGCUUUUUGAACGAAAUGAGACCCAAGCAGACAGAUAAAUCGAUUUUGAACGAAGAUACUGAAUUUCAGUCGAUUUUUAUGCGUUUUUUCGGCUUGUUUAAAAAACGCACAAAAAGUCCUGUUUUAGCAGACUUCGUUAUAGUUUUCCAUUUUUUUCCUUUUUUCUUUUGGGCGCUUUUCUGUCGAAUUUUAGUACAUUUUUGCAGAAAAGUAGUUAAAAGUUAUUAUCAUAAGAAAACGCUCAUUUUUUACCUAAAAGAAUUGAAAUUUUUAGUGCUUACGGACUAAAAGUUUAUUACUCAAUUUUUCUUUAUCACUAAUUAGAUUUAAUUUUUCUUUAAAAUUUUACUGGAAUGAACUGUUUAUUUUAACAAGAGAUAUGGCAUUCUCCCUUUUAUCCUUUUUGUAAUUCAUUCUAAUACAAAGACUUCAUUUCAAUUUAAUUGAUGCCAUUUGUUGCAUAUAUUGUUUGCGACCAACAUUUUAAUAAAGAGUGACUAGAAAAAUACGAUUCUGAAUCCCAGUAGAUGAAAUCCAUAGUGAUUAUUAUCCUGAAACAUAAAACUUUGCUAUAGAUAAACGCCACAUGACUGGUUUACGUCAACAUACAGAUGGAAACAUUCAUCAUAGAAAACAUUGUAGUAUAAUUACAAUGAUGUACUUUCAGGUUCAUUCGAUUGAAACAUAUAGAAAAGAUAUACACUCGUUAGGGGUAAUUCGGAUCAAAAAUUAGAAAAUCGAUUUUGUUUUUAUUCGCUCUCAAUCAUUGUACGUCGUAACAAGGUGAUUUUUGCAGUGCUACUAGAACAAACUGUCCUCUUUCUAAUGCUGAAAGAAUUUUUUAAAAACCUUUUACCAGAAAAAAGUUAUAGUUAAAAUGGCAAAAGACUACAAGUGCUGAUCCGAAUUACCCCAUUUGGGGUAAUUCGGAUCAGUCAGUCAAUCUACUUGGGGUAAUUCGGAUCACUCCAGCAAAAAUGUAUAGAACAAAUUUUCCCAUCUCAUAACUCAUUUUUUAUCCAUUAUUAUAUGGAAAACA